AUCACGGCAGUCUUCACUCUCGCACCACCACUCAGUCAAGCGCCUAUUUCAACCUAGAGAGAGAAUAGUUCACAAGAAAAUAGUUUUGGGAUCUCGACUUACUUUUUAGUUUCAUUAAGGAUAAUAUGUGGCAAGUGGCAGGACAUUUGAUACCGAGGAACAAAAAUCAUUGAAUAAAAAGAAACUUCUUCACUUGACGUCCGCGUGUAACCAUCGGAAUUCUUCGUAUCAAACUCUGCGUCGAGAACUGUGAAUUACUGAGUACACUGUAGCCUACUUUGGCGAGACUCGAUGAGCAUAAUUCAAUUGAAGGAGCUCAUUCAGUCACCGAGGGUGAAACAAGAUUGAGAACAUUCUGCUGUGAAGUUGAAGCGCAAACAAGCAGCACUCGAAUCGUCAGCUUCCGUGAAUAUUGCAAAAACGACUGGAUUUUAUAGUUUGCCUUAGACCUUUAUUUUCUAAUAUGCGGCCAAAAUUGUAGUGUGGAGGGGCGUCGCAUCAAGUGCUGAAUAGUGCAGAAUAGAAAGUGAGCCAUAGCAUAGGCAACCAGAACAGAGCACAGUGAGAAAGAGGUUAGAUCGGAGUUUGCGGUUUCUUGGUUUUGUUGUAGUCAGUGAGAAACAGAAACCAACUUGAUGUUUGUCAGGUAGCUACAUCCUGAGCAGAUGAUAUAACACGCAACCAUUAAACUGUAUCGUCUCUGCAAGGUACGACAUCUACUACACACACUGGACAGUCCAGGACUCAUCGUGAUAGAUUAACCGGGGGCUGCGUGCGCUCAGCUCCAUCAUCGCGUAAACCACUGGACUUCGCCGAGACCAAAGGAGCAAGUGUCAGAGAACGAGAAAAUAUACAUUUUUUUUUUUAAAGAGCCCCGAACACUCGUCAAAACCCCUAGAGAAGUGGCCGUGACCCAAGCUGUUGUGAUGCAUAUUCCCGUAGACCCUACCACCACCAGACGGUUCACACCGCCCUCCACGUCGUUCCCCUGCAGCAAGAUUGGAGACGGCAGCGGGACCAUGGGCACCCCUGGACCGCUGAGGACACGACCCGAGGCCAGGAAUGUGGUGGACGUCCUGUCAGACCACGCUGGCGAACUGGUCCGGACGGACAGCCCAAACUUCCUCUGCUCCGUGCUGCCCUCACACUGGAGGUGCAACAAGACACUCCCUGUGGCUUUCAAGGUUGUCGCACUCGGUGAUGUGCCCGACGGGACUUUGGUCACAGUGAUGGCGGGGAACGACGAGAACUACUCAGCGGAGCUUAGGAACGCGUCUGCGGUGAUGAAGAACCAGGUCGCCCGCUUCAACGACCUGCGGUUCGUGGGCAGGAGCGGACGAGGAAAGAGCUUCACUCUAACCAUCACAGUCUUCACCGGUCCUCCUCAGGUGGCCACCUACCACCGUGCCAUUAAAGUGACUGUGGAUGGGCCCAGGGAACCCAGACGACACAGGGUGAAGAUGGAGGAUCCCCAGAAGAUGCAGUUCUCUGAUAGGCUGACAGAGAUUGAGCGCUACCAGCGGGCCAGCCUGAGGAUGGGGCCUGGUAACCCCCAGCCCCGGCCCAUGUCCCAGAGCCACCUGGGGCCCUCUACCCAGUCCCAGAUACAAGGUCCCACCGCUGACCUCUUCCCCCAGAGGACCACCUUCCCUUCUCUGUCCCCGCUGACCGACCCCCGUUUCUCAGACCCACGUAUGCACUACCCAGGGGCCUUCACCUACUCAGCCAACCCCUCCAGCACAGGCAUCGGAGGCCUCAGUGUGACAGGCAUGUCUGCCUCCUCCCGCUAUCACACCUACCUGCCCCCGCCCUACCCUGGAAACCAGAACCAGGGCAGCCACUUCCAGUCCAACUCCUCCCCCUACCACCUGUACUAUGGCACCGGGUCCGGCUCCUACCAGUUCUCCAUGGUGGGCCCGGCCGGGACCGGGGGUGAGCGUUCCCCCACCCGCCUGCUGCCUUGCUCUGGAGUCUCAGCCUCUGGAGGGGGCAACAGCCUGAUGAACCAGGGCCUGAACAACCAGAGCGAGGGGGUGGAGGCAGACGGCAGCCACAGCAACUCCCCCACGGCCAUGAGCGGCUCUGGACGCAUGGACGAGUCUGUCUGGAGGCCUUAUUGACUGUCAGACAGCUAGAGGAAAUGCAGGAGAGAGAAGAGAGAAAGAGCAAAAGUAAAGAAGAUGAACGAACAAAAAAAGAUGAAUCCUCCCCCAAAAAUAAAUGCUGCAUGUUUGUAUUUUAUUUCUCGCGCACUUGCUUCGUACCCUUUUCCUAGUUGACCAAAGACAUUCACUGUCUGUCAGGAUGCCAUGGCCAGAGAUUGCCUUUAUGCAAGCCAUGGGUAUAUCCUGCACUGUGACAGGGACUACUCUCUGAGGCUCUGAAACCAUACAAAUCUCAUGCUUUUCAAUUGAUGAGUAAGAAAUGCAAAAUAACUGUAAAUAGAUGUUAUGGUGUUACAACAAAAAGCCAUAGUAAUAUAUCAGGAUCUUUUGAAAAACAGGUACAUGCAUACCAAAGACUAUGAAAGGCAAAACCUUCAUAGCCAUUCACUCUAUGCAGCUGAUGAACUGAAAAAAAUGCUAGUGCUAUUGUGGUUAACUAGCCAACACGACCAAAACGAUCCUUUUCCCUCAGAUGACAGUACCUUUCUUGGCAUUACAAGCUAAGCAUCCAGACCAGUGACUGUACUGCCUCAACGGCCUUUCACUGUCAGGUGAUAACAGAGGUCAAAUAUGAUGUUUGCUUCACGAGUGUCUCAGAACCUGCCCUAGAUGGCUUGUGGCUGUAUUGCUAAUGUAACAUAACAGUUGAUUCUGAAGCUUUUAUUUGGUGUGAGGUUUGGAGAUUCACCCUUCAGUCCAUGAAACAUCAUUAAAAACAAUACAUGGUCUCAAAGUAAUUCUGCAUUGCUUGACAAUUUAAUGUACUAUUUGUACUGAUGUCUGAGUGAAGCUCCCCUGUAAAGUUGUUAAUGUAUUGAUAAUCUAUGCAGUAGAAUAGCUGAUAUUUUGAAGACUGUACAGGACAUUAGCAGAUUUUUUUUUUUUAAGCAGGAAUUUUAUGGAUUCCUUUUGUUUUAGUUUGUUGGACUGUUUUCUUUAUUUUUACUUAUGAUAUAUACACUGAGUGUACAAAACAUUAAGAACACCUGCUCUUUCCAUGACAGACUGACCAGCUGAAUCCAGGUGAAAGCUAUGAUCCCUUAUUGAUGUCACUUGUUAAAUCCACUUCAAAUCAGUGUGGAUGAAGGGGAGGAGAAGGAUUUUUAGGCCUUGAGACAAUUGAGACAUGGAUUGUGUAUGUGUGCCAUUCAGAGGGUGAAUUGGCAAGACAAAAUAUGAAAGUGCCUUUGAAUGGGGUAUGGUAGUAGGCUCAUCGGUUUGUGUCAAGAACUGCAACAUUGCUAUGUUUUUCACGCUCAACAGUUUCCAGUGUGUAUCAAGAAUGGUCCACCACCCAAAGGACAUCCAGCUAACUUCACAAAACUGUGGGAAGCAUUGGUGCCAACAUGGACCAGAAUCCCUGUGGAACGCUCUCAACACCUUGUAGAGUCUAUGACCCGACAAAUUGAGGCUCAAUAUUAGGAAGGUGUUGUUAAUGUUUUGUACACUCAGUGCUUUUUUUUUCAUUCUGUAUGCAAACUGUUUUAGUAUAGUAUGUUUGAACUGGAUAGCACAGUUGACUUUUUAUAUUUAUUUGAGCCAAAUUUAAGGAAAUGUUCACUUAUGCCCAAAAUCAUUUAGCAUUCUCUCCAACUUCUCUUUUUAUAGAACUAUUUUGUUCAUUUGUUGUUUAAUAUAAAAAUUUGAAUCUGUGUAAUAUAUUGCUCCUAAAUUAUGAAAAAAAUACACUUCUAUUGUUAUUAUUUUGUAUUCCAAUGUAGCGUAGAUGCACUAAAAACUUUCAUGAUAUUCCACCAUCAGAACCACAGAUCUCAGCAGAUUUCACCAAUCACAUUACUUAUAAAGAUUAAAGAUCCCCCCCAGCCUCCUUAAGGCCCCAAACUCAUCGCAAAAAAACUUUUUUUUUUGCACUGUUCUAAACAUUCAAUUAUCAUAAUAAACUUUUAUGUACACAGAUUUUCCUUUCAGAGAGAGAAAAAAUGGUUACAUACCUAAGGCACACAGUUGUCAAUCCAACCCACAUUAUGUGGCUAUGCAGAUCUUGUUUCUUUGUAUAUCAGACAAAGAUACUAACCUGCACGAAGAACGACUGAAACCUCAGACUUUAAUUGGCUUCAUCUCAAACCAUUUUGGCAUGUCUGAAUAAACUGACUCACAAAACAUUAGCGAUGAAGUGAGCUCAUUUUCAAAUGCACACACACACACACCGCUCAUAUGAGAACAAGCUUCUGAUAUCCUUACUAGAACCACAGUAGAUUGAGCAGUGACAGAGGUAAAGGUACAGGUCUGCACAUUCUCAAGGGCCUUUCCCCAUGCUGUCGCAGCCAUGAUCCCUGUACCCCAGGGGGACACCUAGAGUAGGGAUGAAGAGAAGGGAGGUCAAAGUGGGAUCCUCUUACCAACAACAUGGGCAAUCCUAACAAAAAAACAAGCCCCUUUGUUCUUCAUGAGCUGUGAGUCCUUUGAAGCCUUUAUAAACGGGAUCUCUCUCCAUCCUAUUGUAAUUUACUGCUCAUUAGUGCCAGCAGCUCAGGGCUCUGCCCAGGAUUAAGAUGAUGUCAGGACAGAGCAUCUUUGUAUGAGCUGUGUUAAAGCCACUUAAUUAAGUCAUGGUGUCAGGUGUCUCAUGUUACAAACUGGCAGAGUUUUUCUUUUGUGAUAAGGAGGAGGAUGAGACUUGUUGGGGCUUCUUGAGAGCCUAUGUUCUACCAUUUAGGGAUGGUUAAUCACAUACAGUAUCUACUUCCCUAUGCCUUAUUCUUGUUCAAGACCAUCAAUAAUAUCAAUAUUCAUUCCUAUCUCCUGGUGAGUGGAGGGAAAACAUUGCAUGUCCUAGACUGUGUUCCUACUCAUCCAUUUGGGUUUGAAGGCCUAACUUUAGAUUGGGCAAAAUUCAUGCAGCUAUGAGAAACCAAAGAUGUACCUGAUAUGAUGUGGUUAUAUCAAAACCAAAGAAAUGCCUGUAAUAUUGUUCCAUUGCAAGUUUGGAUCUGUUGUUUUACACAAAUUGUUUGUGGUAACUUUUGUAAAGCCUUGGUUGGUUUCCAAGAUCUGUCGAAAACAUGUCCACAACUCUUAUGAAAGAGGUUGUGUGUAUAUCAUAUGACAUUUGCAAAACAGGGAGGCCAAAUGAUACAAUUUAAUUGUAUUUUAUUUUCUGUUGGAUCUUUUGAUGUUUAUUUUAAAGAAGCUCCUCUUCAUUUUGUUAUACCUUAAUGUUAAUUCAUUUUGCUCUCUUUCCUUUUUCUUAAUGCUCAAAGCAUGUAUGUCUGAAGCUGAUAUGUUAAUUUAAUUUUCAUCCAUGUAAUAUCUUUAAAGACUGUAUUAAGUGCUUGUAAAGUGUGCGGAUAAUGUAGUUUUUAACAAUUUUCAUUAAAAAAAACAUCAAUUUCA